CCCAUUGCGUGCCCGCGCAUCCUCACCCUCGUGUUGCUGCUGCUGUUGCAUCUGUUUGUGUGAACUCGCGAGAGGGGGUGUCAUGGCUGCCGCUUCUGCUGAAGUCUCUGACCAGGAUUCGCCACCUCCGGCGAACCACUGUGAAACUGGGGAUACAGUGCCACCACCGAAGGGUAUUCCAAGAAUAAAUGGAAUGACUGUUGACUCCCGUAGUGUUCAUAGUCCUGGUUCAGCCAGCCAGACUGGGAAAGAUGAAGAGGAGGACUAUGAGAACGUGAACAGCAGCAGUAGUUCUAGUAGUGGUGUUGAGGACAGCAGUGAUAGUCCGGCCAGUCUCGAUGGGGACGGUCUAGAUAAGGAGGUUAAUCGAGAACCUAAAGAGGCGGAAGACCGAGUAGGGGAUCUACUUAAUGGAGACGCCGCUGACAGUGGAAUUUACAAUAAGGAUGGGGAGGAAGAAGGCAAGAUGAGACGGGCCAGUUUGGAAGUGUCAUCUUCAGACGGAGAACCUCUCAGCCGCAUGGACUCCGAAGAUAGCAUAAGCAGCACUAUAAUGGAUGUAGACAGCACAGCCUCCAGUGGUCGGUCAACUCCAGCAAUGAUGAAUGGACAAGGCAGCACUACUGCUUCCGUCAAGAGCAUCGCUUACAAUUGCUGUUGGGACCUGUGUCAGGACUGUUUCAACUCUAGCCCGGACCUAGCAGAUCAUAUUCGUUCCAUACAUGUAGAUGGCCAGCGGGGAGGGUGUGUAGUUGGUGGUUGCAAUGCCAGUUUUGCAUCUCAGGGGGGCCUUGCUCGGCAUGUUCCAACACAUUUUAGCCAGCAAAACUCUUCAAAAGUAUCCAGUCAGCAAAAGACCAAAGAAGAAUCCCCAUCCAAAGCAGGCAUGAGUAAAAGAAGAAAACUAAAAAUCAAAAGGAGGCAUUCACUACCACGGCCACAUGAUUUCUUUGAUGCACAGACACUAGAUGCAAUCCGUCAUCGAGCUAUCUGCUUUAACUUGGCAGCUCAUAUUGAAAGUUUAGGACAUGGUCACAGUGUUGUAUUUCAAAGCACAGUAAUUGCGAGGAGAAAAGAGGACUCUGGAAAGAUUAAAGUGCUGCUUCACUGGGCACCUGAGGACAUACUACCGGAUGUAUGGGUAAAUGAAAAUGAACGACAUCAGCUAAAGACAAAAAUAGUCCAUUUGUCAAAGUUACCAAAAGACACUGCCUUACUUCUAGAUCCAAAUAUAUACAGGCCAUGUGCUAAUGCUGGGGAAAAAAGGCUUCACUCCUUGGAUGUGAAAGAGCCUUGACCUUCUAUAAACAGAAGACCGAGCAGAUCAGAGGUAACAG